AUGAUAUGUUUAUUGAUAGUCAUGUUGACUCUUACAGUGGGAUCUGGAAUGGAGAGCAUCAACUGUACAUUCAGUACAAAUUCAUUAGUGGAAGCAAUAAAAUCUACCACCAAAAUUAUUCAAAUAGAUCUCGACUUGCGUUCAUCUGAACAACUGACACCUAUUCAAUCACCAAAUGCUACAUCUUUCAGCCCUAGCAGAUGGUUUAUAGUUCGAGGUGAGCGGACAAAUCGCCUUCUUCUUCUCUUCUAUUUUUAUUAUGGAUAUUUUGAGCCCUACAUCAUCGUACCAAGAGAGAAUAUCAACAUGCCAAUGAGUACAACCUGUUUUCAAAAUAUAACCUCCGAUGAAUCUGUAGUAAUGAUUCGUAAGAAUCUUCUGUAUAUGACUGACAGUGCUGGUCGUGACACAGCGUUUAAAGAAAAUGAAGUUUGCUCUAUGUUCAUCAAGGAAUCUGGCGGAUUUGGAAUCUUGAUCUUCCGAUGUUGCAAAUCAGUUGAAAAGGACAUAACAUGUUACGACGUUGAAGAAGAUUCAUGGAUAUGGACGUUGAGAGUUUUCGUCAUGACGUUUUCGAUACUCUUAUUUCUGUAUUUUCCAAAAUUUAUUCCUGUAAAUCUUGGACCCAAAACAUUUAAAUUCAGACCUAGGAAUAAACUUGAAAUGAGCAUUUUAAAGACAAAAGAACAAUCAACAUAUAAAAGCAAACUGAUCAUUCCUGUUGCAACCAUGAAGCAUAUGUCUACAUUUUGUGAUCAUCUCCAAAAUUUGCAAACAGGCAUUAUUUUCAACACGGAAGUGCAAUCGAUUGACUUGCUCAUUCAAAGGGGCCAGAUUAUCUCUGAAACAGACAAAGCAGUGAGUUUUCGACAGCUUCUUUACGAUCUGUUCAUUCGAUUUAAAAUACGCCAUGUUGAUAUAUUUCAAGUCUGCUGUUCGGCUUCUAUAUUCGGUAAUAAAUUUGACAAUAAUAAUAUAGUGCCUUGGCAUAGAUGUCUCAGACGAGUAAGAACAAUAAUCAUUUACAUGUGUAUACUACUACCAGCCCUUCCAUUAAUGUUCAUUUUGUGUUUGCCAAACACGAACAUUAUAAACCUGGGAAUGGCGAUAAGGUCCAGGGGAUUACUGGAGGCCCAUAGUUUUCACCUUGGUCCAUUUGUUGGUCAAAUUUUAACAGGAUUCGUAUUUGUAGUCUAUCUACUUCAUGUAAUUAUGGUUUUAAGUAUGGACAGUUUCCAAAAUGAACUCUUCGAAGUCAUUGGUAUCUAUGAAAAGGAUACGACAAAAGUAGUUACUGAAAAGGGACAUGUUACUAGGGCUUUGAUGUCUUUAUUUACCAAAUACGGCUUAUUAGCGGUACCCGUUUUACCAAUCCUAAUUAUGUUGAGCCCCAUUUUAAUUAUUCUUUACGUAGUAGUAACUGCACCUGUUAUUAAAAUUUUAAUAAGACAAUUCACGAAGUUGUGUGGAUUUCAUAAACUAAGUUCUAUGAUGGGAUCUAAAUGUGGACCCAAGUUGUCACUCUUCUUGUUCAUAUCAUUAUUAUCGGUAUUUGUUAUUUUGACAAUAGGAAUUAACUUUCUUUUACAUUGUUUGUGUGUGAUCAUAGUAAAUGUUCUUAUUAACUGGUACUUUGCCAUGAGCCUGAUAUCAAUAGUUGUUUUAAUUGUGGUAUAUGUACGAGACUCUGCUAAACGGUUGGAAGGACAAUACAAUAACUAUUUCAAGGCUAUAUUUAAAGAGAUCAUGGCCUUCAAAACCGAUCAAAUCACAUUGGAAGCUAAUAAAUCAGUUUUGAAUCAAAGUGCAAUGGCUUUUCAAGUCACAGAACAGGAUGUAAUGGAUGUAGAAAUACAACUCAAUGGUACCAAGAUCAAUCCGUUUAAGUGGGAUAUCAAACACGAUUGCCUUCGUUUCAAAACAUCGGGAGUGGUACUUUUUCUCGAUAAACGUGACGUUCCAUACAUUCCAAAGCGCCUUUUUGAAGAAAUGACAUAUAUGGACUGUCCGGGAUGUCCUGGGCCGUUGAUUAAUUCUUUGUGUCAAUCGUUUAAGGAUCUAGGUGGUAUAGGCAUAUUUUUAUUGUUUUUGUUUCUUUUGGUCAUGUCAUACGGAGAAGCAUUAUCCGUCACACCAACAACUCGAUUCUUUGCAACUUUGGCCACUGGAUUGGUGCCAUUACUUCUCCGAUCGUUUUUCUUUUCUGGUGGCAAUACGUCUUCUUUAAAUACAACUACACUCCGAUUUAAGAAUCAUUUUCUGCACACACUAUUAACGUUCGAGAAGCGUUGGAAAGUAAGUGAUUGUCAGAUCUCUGUGCUUGAAGAACCGUUUGCCUUUUCGUUGUGGAAGAAGGCGUCUAGAGACACUGUUGAAACCAAAUCUGAAGAGGUUGAUAUUAUUAUAGAUACGUCAUUUAAAUCUUCUAAUGGUGAUGGUUCAUGCUGUUGUUCGCCAAUAAAAGUGGAAGAUGUGUAG